GCGAGUUAGUUUAUGUAUGAGAAUUCCACUAAGAAGAGAAACUUCUGGCCGUCAUGGCCGCUUCAUUAGGGCCCGCUUUAUUCCUCUAUAUCACUCUUGUUUUUCUAGUAACGCAUAGAAUAUGUUUGAUGCAGUGCAAUCCAAUGCCUGGGCCAGGCAUGUAUCACGGGGAUAUGGGCGAUCUUCGCUUUUCUGGGGGCCACGUGGAGGGCGAUGGAUCUGUGCGCGAUAGAAGAGUUCCCCAGAAUACAAGACAGAUCCGUUUUGAUCCGCCAUAUCUAGAUUUUUUAGAGCAACCUGUUGGUAUGCCUAUUGUUCAAACGGUUACCAUUAGUAACCCGCAUCCAGAGCAGAGUUUGCAGCUAAAUUCAAUCUCUGGUAGCACAGGGCAUUUUCAUGCUUCUUUUUUUCGAACCAAAGUAGUCCAGCCAGUUGGUAAUACUACGUUUGAUGUAGUUUUUCUAGCAAGACUCAUAGGCAGUGCCGAAAACACAUUAUUUAUUCACACAUCAAAAGGGGUUUAUCCCUACCAGGUCUUUGGUGUGGGGAUCCCAAACCCCUACAGGCUGAGACCAUUCCUUGGUGCUAGAGUUCCUGUUAAUUUCUCCUUUACAUCUUUAAUUAAUAUGCACAAUCCCUACAGUAGUCCAUUACAGGUUGUAGAGAUGUAUUCCAGUGGCCAGGAUCUUCAUCUAGAGCUACCAUCAGGUCGAGAUGAGGCACCUCAGGGAUACUGGGAAAUUCCUCCAUAUGAGACCAAGACUCUAAUGAGAGUUAGCUUUGUCAGUCAUGCUGCAAAUAAUCACACAGCGUUUAUUCGCAUCAAGACCAGCACGCCUGCUCCAUCUAAUGAGUUCCUAAUACUUCCUGUGGAAGUUGAAGUCACAACAGCUCCUGGGCUGUUUUCCUCAGUUGAUAUGAUUGAUUUUGGUACACUUAGGACGAUGGAUGAGCCAAAAACUGUAGGAAUAUAUUUACUAAAUUCUGGUCCUAAACAAGUCCAUGUGUCGUCAGUUGCAGUAGAACCAGGCAACAGUGCUGUGUCAGUCACAUUUUCGCCAGUAGUAUUAAAGCAGUUGUCCAAAUAUUCGAAAGUUGCUUCUAUUACAUAUUCUGCAUAUCAUGUUAAACGCAGCAGACAAUUUACUGGAAAGAUUGUCAUAAAAACUAACAGCAAAUCUACCCCGAAGAUGGAGAUUCCUUACCAGGCUAAUGUUCUACAAGGGACCAUAGCAUAUUCUGUCAGUAAAACACGUUUUUUUGUGGGCAAGCCUCCGUUUCUUCCUGUGGUCCGGGAGCUACCAAUCACAAAUACCUUCAGCUUCUCUGUGAUUAUUUAUGAUGCCACUUUUCCACCAGAAGUACAAAACUUAUUUUCAAUUGUAAAUUUUACCAAGCCAGCACUAAUUAAGCCGCACCAAACAGCCACGCCUUUUUAUGUGCACUUCGUGGCUAACGGAUCAGAUACGUCACUUUCAACUAUUUUGAGAGUCUACACUAAUGCCUCGAUAUUCACCAUUCCUAUCCAUUGUUAUGAUGGCAAGAUCAAGUAUGUGGUGAAUGGUAUUGAAGAAGAUGUAGUGGACUAUGGAACUGUUGGGACUGGAGAAAAUAGAACCAAAACAGUGAAACUUAUUAACAACAACCCUAUAGAAGUAAUAAUAACAAAUAUAACUUGUAACUUAACUUAUGCAAUAAUGAAGCUGAUUGACACUAAGCCUAACAACAACAGUCGCCAUCAUAAAGGCACCUCAUCACAAUCAAAAGAGACUGAUGAACCAGGGAAAAUACAACCUGAUACUAUCAUCAUUAAACCUGCUCAUACCACAACCUUCAGUGUUGAGGUAGUCAUCCCUAAAAAAGAGGGCCAGUUUGCUGGUGAAAUACAAAUCACAACAGACUAUGAGGUGCUUCAUAUACCGAUUUAUUUCCGUGCAUUGGAUGGGCAAGUGACACCAUCACCACUUCUUUUGACCUUUCCUCCAACAUUUCCAGGUCGUACAGAGGUCCAGCCUGUUUAUCUUCACAGUACAUUCUCAACCCCUUUAAACUUAGUCACUGUCAGGUGUGACCCUGCUGAUGGGAGGUUUACAUUCAGGCCUUUGAGUAGUGGCUCCACUGUGGAAGCUAAUACAAACGUCCAGUCCCAACCUCCUCGCCACUCAUUUUCAACACAGGUUGGCUCUGUCCAGUUCAAACCAUCUUUUGGUUGCAAAGGGCAGUGUUAUAUGGGCCUUGGAACAGGCACAAGAGGCACAAAGUGGCUCUCUACCUUGACUCUGCCAUCAGAUGUUGGAGACCAUGAUAAUCAAUAUGCUGAGAAGUUGCAGAGGGUGUAUGACUCUUUAAAGCAAUCUGGAAACACAGCGAUGAAUGUAUCUUUAAUUAUCAGCACAGAUCUUGUGAGAAACAUCCCAGUUCAGAUGCAUGCCUCCCUAACAUGGCCCUCUUUGGCUCCUGAUAAACCAGUCAAGUUCCCACUUACUCAUGUUGGUAACUUCUCCACAAAGCAUUUCUUCCUGGAAAACCCUGCUGACGUGCCUGUGGUUGUCCAGGUGUUGCCAUUGUCUGUAUAUCCGCCAGGCUUCCUGGAUGUCAUCUCUGAUAGGUUUGAUACAGAUACCUACAGCCUAGAACAAUCUAAAAACGUGUUUUCAUUACCAGGCUCGUACCAGCCGAAGAAUAUACUGGACAUCGAGCCGUCAGAUUUACAAGAAAAACUAGGGGUUACCCCUGCCGACCAUACCUUAGUCACCAUACUCGGUCCACGCUCCCGGGAGAAGAUCACGGUUCAGUUUUCACCACAGGAUGACCGGUUCAGCAGCUCGGUGCUGUUGUUGCGCAAUAACCUGACGGUAGUGGACAUAGUGGCCGUGCAGGGACAGGGUGCGAGGGGCGAGUUCAUGUUGAACGGCAGAAAGCCGGGACUUGACAGCACACUACUCUUCGAGCUCAAGUCUGUCCACCUUUCAGAGUGUCACAAAGACACUCCCCGUACCCGCACACUGGCACCAAUAUCUGUGAAGAAGGUGCUGACGGCUACGAAUCCCGGCCAGCUCGCUAUCCAGGUCAACUCCAUCAGCAUCAGCGGGUACGAGUGUGAGGGGUAUGGCUUCAAGGUGCUCAACUGCAAGUCCUUCAUCCUUAACCCCAACACCUCGAGAAGGAUCGAGAUAGCGUUUACGCCAGACUUCACCAUGUCUCGUGUGACGCGGAAACUCGAAGUCAAGUCCACGUUUGGCCCCGUUAUGGAAUUCAUGCUCGUUGCUACCAUUCCCCCGCAUCUUCUUCCUCUCUGCGCGGCCGCCACUGGGCGGUCAAACUGGGGACCCAUCGUCCAGGGCAUCAUGGCCAUUGCCAUGGGUGUCGUUUGCGUGUUUGUCGUCAUGGCGGCAUACUCUGAAGCUAAGAAGAUUCUCGGUGUGUGUUUGAGGGAUCGACCGAUAUUCGAUAUGAAUGCUGAAGAGAUUGGUCAAGUAUUUGACCUGAACGCCAUCGCAGGCGUCAAGCCAAAAAUGCACGCAGAGAAUCGCCACGUGAUUCCCAAGCGGAUUCGAUCACAUGACUCCAAAGCAGACGAGAAAACAACUAGCACAAACACCACGGCAUCGGCCUCUACACAAUCACCUACAAAUAACAAUGUAAAUAAGAAUAACGGGAAUGGACCUUCACAGGACUCCGGGAGCACACGGAACAGGAGUCCGAAACAAGCAUCAGCUGGCGAAACAGAUAGAUCUUCAAGGGCUGGUUCGGUUGAUUCUUUAGAUGGAACUAAGAAAAAUAAAGACACCAAGCAGAAGGAAAGUCGCACUAGGAACGCUGAAUCCAGCCGCAAAUCGGACACGUAUAGAGGAGCGAACGAGUCCAGGAGAGACUACAGAGCUCCUGUUGCGGAUAUCGAUGAGCUGAAGCAGUCUAUUGCCAAUGUUCAGGAACAGGAGGAGUAUGUAUUAAGCUCUUAUAUAAGCUGUGCUGAGAACAGAAAAGACACGAAAGAUAACAAAUCCAAAUCUAAAAAGAAAUCUAAGAAUACAAAGCGAGACGAAAAGGAACAAAGAUUCGAGAAUAUAAAGGACCGCGCGGCUCCAUCUCAGGAUAGGUACGACGAUGCCUACUCCGAUGAUAGCGGAAGUGACGGCUCGGACAAGACAGGGCAGGAAGUAAAAGUCAACCAAUCAAACGACAGACGCAGACGUGUUAGCUUACCAAAUGAUUCCACUUUAAGGCGUGACCAACAACGUGGGCAUCAGAAGAAAAACGAGGGCCGACCUCGGAUGCUGGACAUACCUGGACGCAUGAAGGAUCGGACGGCUGCGUUACAGGCCGAAGCACGUGAACCUGGCCCCACCUCUCCUCACGCCAUCGCUGCCGCCGUAAUGUCUCAUCUGGAAAAGACCCUCCCUAGUACGACCAAGGAGAACUGCAAUGACACAGACAACAGGCGAAAAGCCUCGGGGAAAGCGACCGGAAAUGCUCAGUCGCCCACGAAUCUGAGUAGUCGCAGUAGCAGCUAUAGUAGUAUCGUGAGUGACGGUUCGUCCUCCGGCGGGGACCACGCGCAUGCGCUCAAGCACAGGCUCACGUCCACCAAGUCUAUGCCAGUAGGCGACAGGAGCAGUCCGUCUUUGCUGGACAACGGCUUUGAACAAGGCUCUGGAAAACACAGGCAUCCCGAGCGUCUGGGUAUGUCAGCUCUGAGGCGAAGUCCCUGGUCCAUUUCUAGUGAUUCUGCACUUGCCCCUGGCGCCCGCAGUCCAGUCAUCCAGCGUCCAUUCAAGUCCCUACGCCAGCAAAAUGGUUCCCCACUGUACGAGAGCCAGCCAUUCCGCCGAAACAGACCGCAGAUCGGAGCUAACGCCAAGAAAACGCAGGGGGUCUAUGAUCUCAGCACCUUCGGUGUCUCGGACAGAUCAGCCGUGACCCGAGCAAGGCCGAGCGUCUGGUCGCAGAUGAGUAGCUUUAAUGGUAACGAGAGUCUCUUCAGUUCUCCCCCAGCCCAAGAUGACCACUUCAGCAUGUCCGGACGGCCUGCCAAUAACUGGGUCAACUUCCUUGAUGUCGACCGGGUGACGCCAUCCAUCGCCCGCACAGACACACCCAACAACCGGACGGUGUCCGAGAUCUGGGAUGCCGGGAACAUGCCGGCUGAGGGCGACGGUUGGUCGUUGUGUGGUCCUCCACUCCAUCCUGAGUUCAACCCGAGAGCCGAGUGUGAGUCGGACCCCGUGGACUCCCUCUUCAGCGAGGUCCCCCCUGAGUGGUCCACCCUCCCGUCCCCUGAGCAAAACGCGUUUGGUGGUGACUCAUCCUGGGCAUCACCUGAUAUGUCUGCGAUCUGGGGGGAGCAGUACUCCAUUCCCAGCUCUGAGAGUCUCCCAGUAAGCAGCGCUUAUCAGCCAUCCGGUACCCAGUCCCCCACCAGCACGUUCACCAGCCUCGCGGACCUGGGCUCUGGAAUGAUUUGGCCUCAGACGCAGUGGUCUAACGGCAAGGAUUAGGAAAUGAGAUUGCGGGAUAAUUUAAUGACGCGCUGGCCGAGCCGGACUAUGUUGCUAUAAUUUUCACGCGUGUCGUAAGCGUUGGUCAUCAGCAGAACGUAAAACGAAUAAUAGCCCAGGCUGGGGCAAGCGAACUGGGGCAAGCGAAUGGAGACGAGGCUUUCGGUUAAACAGCGAAACCAUAGUCGGCACUUUACUGUUACCUGCAUGAGAGUCUAAGAUAAGCGUCUCUAGGAAAAAAAGCCACAAGAACCCUGUUAGAUACUGUUUUUUUCUGUUUCGGAGUUUUCCUUUUCGGUCGGUUGCUCUGUCAAUCAGCAAUUAGAUAACAUUGAAUUCGAGAAGAAAUUAAAACACGCAGCCCUUGCAAAAUUCUACUGGACACCCGUUAGGAAUACACGGAAAAAAACUGUCCACUUCGGUAUUGCUUGUUUUAAAUUGUGCGAUUUGUAUUAUUCUGCGAACUCUUGUCGUAAUUUUGUUGCUUUCUGGCUUUUGUCAUUCAAACUAACGUAACGAUUUUGUGCCUUUUGGUUGGCCAGCUGCUUGCGGAUAAGUGGGGUUAUUGGAAAUCAUUUCAGUGUUGGCCAAUGAAAACGCUUCGAGGAGUUUAAAUGACGGAGGCAAAAAGUCGAUUGAGCUAUUGAAAAUCGUCGGCGAGAGCUCGCAGAAUACUGAAACCCGCCUUAGUUCAAACUUUCGCCUCUUGCUCGGAGCGGUUCUAUUCUCAGUCGCCCUCUGUCGCCUGGGGACGAAAACGCUGGCCCCUUCAGUAUCCCCCGCGCGGUUUAAACGCUGCGGUCUUAUAAAAAGUGAUAAAGCACACUUCCGUCUAUCUUGCUGUGUAAGCGAUAUUUAUAAGUCACCCUUUUAUGGUAUUUAUUGUGUUUUAGCACACCGGACUAUUCCACUUGUCAGCUAUGUUGUUUAGGACUUUUUUUAAAAUUGGUCACGGUUUUGUACUGUAAAGGUUUUAUACUAGUCGUUGGUAAAUAAAGCGUUUUGUAGAAUGA